AUGUCUGAUCAAGGAUCUUCGUCAGCGAGGGAUUCGGAGUCGCAGCCGCAGAGGAAGAGGAUUGCCGUUGCUGUCUCCUCCCGCGACAUUCCCUUGAAGCAUGAUGCAUCUCCCGAUUUCGGCUACUCCGUCGAUGACGCCCGCCUCUAUGCCAACCGAAACACCAUGAGCCCGGCCUCCAUCCACUACGGUCAGCAUCCCGGCGCCGUUGGCGUCAGCGGCCUCCCUGGCACAGCGGAAGAUUCUCUCAUGGCUCAGUACGGUCGUGGUUACGCAUACGGUCACCAUCAAGCUCCGCCGCCGACCAGUCACAAACAAUACUUCCCUGCCACAACCUCAUACGCCUCAUCCCCCAACCCUUACGGUGAUCCUACCACAGUGGGCGUGUCCAGCCAGUUCGGCGAUUAUACUGCAGCGGGAUACCCGCCUGUACAUGCUAUGGCUCAUGAGACGGUGGGUAUCGUACCUAGCUGGGGUUCUGCUGCCAGAAAGACCCCUUACGGUGGAGUGUACAUGGACUCAGCUUCCGAGUCUUACGGGGGGUACGGAAGCUCGAACCUCGUCCAUCGUCCGGCACACCACGGUGCUCAUCAUGGCCACGGAACACCCACAACGGAUUCCCAAUCCCCUAAUUUUUCUUUCUCCGGUGUAGCUGCGCCCCUACCCACGACCAGCACGGGUGCCGACCGGUUGUUGCCGAACCCCACAGCUGGCACCUCUCGCUCCUCUCUGCCUUACCCUGGCACAGCUAUCAAGACCUCUCCACCAGGCGUCUCGAGCUCCCUCGCCGAUGUCGCUGCUUCCGCAACUGCCUACGGGGGCUUCGAUGGUCUCCCCGCGUCUUACGGAUUAACUAGCACCGCCAGCGCUGGUCACUCGUCUUCUGUCCGAUCCCACUCUACCUCUACAGAUACCUACCACUCAUCGGUUUCAGGAACAAGCGCGGGUGCUGGGGAACCUCAAAGCAUUUUUGGCGAGGAGGGAAGAAGCUUGCAGAGCCAAGGGGCGGGAUUCGAUAUGCACACCUAUACCGCGGAACCGGUGCCGUCGGUUUCUACGGGUAACAGGAGGGACUCAGUUGGAUCUUCAGCGACUGGUAGCGGAGCACUGUCCAACGGCCUGUCAAAUGGACAGGCGUAUGUGCCCAGCGAGAGUAUGGUACAGGUCGGCCCUGAUCAUCAUGCUGGCCAUCAGGGGGUGUACGAGCAGCAACGUCACCAGGCGCUUGCUGAUGGACACAGGAAUUCUCUUGCGAGCCACCGCUGA